UUUGGCAUGAAGCUUAAGGUAGAUAUAAAAUUGACCAGGCAGUGCUAGUCUUGUCUGGUCACACACAGUGUAGGGAAACUAUUCCAAGUUCACAUGUAGGCGGGAGCUCAGUUCCAGCCGCCUACAGUAGAUUGACCCCUGACUUGGUAACAUACUGGGGCUGUGAGACGAUAUAUACUCAAGCCAGAGCCCAUCCAUUUGAUAGCAAAUUAAGCAAAUAGAUCCCAUGGCCAACGAGCAGUUAGUGCAGCAGCAGCAGCAGGGCCAGGGCGAUGAAGACGACGACUCAAAGCUGUAUGAGUUCAAGGAGCAGCUCCUGCUGCUAUCGACUUUGGUGGCUACGGUGACAUACGUCGCCGGGCUCAACCUGCCCGGGGGAUCCUGGGAGCAGGAUGACCCGGGAGGGCACAUGGCCGGGGAUUCGAUCCUAAUGGCUACCCACUACCGCCGGUACCUUGCCUUCUACUACUGCAACGCCACAGCACUCGCCGCGUCGCUCGUGGUCUCCCUCAUCCUUGUCAUCCUGCCGAAGAAUAGCACACCCUGGACCGUGGUGCUGCAGAUGGUCAUGGUGCUUGACCUACUAGGCCUCAUGGGCGCCUACGGUGCUGGGAGCUGCCGGGAUGCAUUUACAACCAUCUACGCGGUGGCCGCCUUCUCCUUUUCGGUAUUGGUCAUCAUCUCUGUUUUUCUUUCCUUUUUGGCCAAGGCCAAUAGGGAUGAUGCUAUCAGCUCCGACGCCAUACCAAUCACCACCAAUGGUGAUGAUAAUAAGGUCCACCCCAAGUCCCUCUGUAACCUCAUGAAGAUCGGCAUAGUGAAGUUAUUCGAAAAGGGGGGUAAGAACCGGGGUGAGAAGGAGAUGGUCGAUGUGUUGAUGUUACUAGCAACCUUUGCAGUCACAAUCACAUACGUUGCCGGGCUGAGCCCACCUGGUGGGUUCUGGACCAGUACUCAGGACGGCCAUCAUUUGAGCGACCCGGUGUUACAAGCCCGUGACCGGUACCGUGUCUUCUUCAUUUGCAACACCACUUCAUUCGCCGUGUCCCUGCUCAUCAUUGUGUUGCUCCUGGAGAAGAAGCUGCUUGGGAAGACGAAGUUGAGGCUUGUGGUGCUCUGCGGGUUGAUCGUCGUCGCCCUGUUGGGCCUCAUGGGGGCCUAUGCUGCUGGGAGCUGCAGAGAGGCUACCAAAACUGUCUUGGUCCUUACUGUUCCUGUCUGCGUAUGCCUCCUGCUGGUGCUUGUUUUCAUUUGGGGAUCACUGGCGGACCGGCUUGAUUCUGUCUUAACACGGUUCAAGGAACUGGUCAAGAUUCCUUCAGGUACAUGUACAGGCACAAAUGUUGACCUACAUGAACAGAAUACUCGCGAUCUUGUUAUGCUCCUUGCUACUCUUGUGGUGACCAUCACUUACCAAGCAGGACUAGAUCCACCUGGCGGCCUUUGGCCUGAUGACCGAGAUGGUCAUAAGAUCGGUCAUCCGGUGCUACAAACGACACAUCCUACUAGGUACAGAGUGUUCUUCUAUAGCAACUCGGCAGCUUUCGUCACAUCCUUGGUCGUCAUCAUGAUGCUCCAGAGCAAGUUUCUCCUCAACCGGCACACACUAGAAGCAACCCUAGUGCUGGACCUAUUUGGCCUCAUCACUGCCUAUGGUGCGGGCAGCACUAGGGAUGUAAACCAAUCCAUAUACAUCGUCGCCUUGGCGGGAAUCAUCCUAGUCUACGUCAUCGUCCAUAUCACCAUUAGAGAUCAUGACCCUGAGCCAGUGGGUGAUCAUGCAGUAAAGCAUCUCGAUGACAAGCGCAAGGUACUGUUGCUGGUCGCUAUCUUGGCCGCCACCCUCACAUACCAAGCUGGCCUCACCCCACCAGGUGGCUUCUGGUUAGCACAUGACCGAGAGCUCGGUCACCGUGCGGGUUUCCCAAUCCUCCUUGACAAUUACACUCGCCGUUACAACACAUUCUUCUACUGCAAUGCAGCAAGCUUCAUGGCGUCUGUAACCCUCAUCCUUCUUCUUGUCAAUCCGAAGCUAUACAGGCCAGGCAUACGCUGCCGUGCGCUCUAUGUGUGCAUGCUGGUGGGCAUGUUUGGCCUCAUGGGUGCCUACGCUGCUGGAAGCUCCCGGAAUCUCAAGACCUCCAUCUAUGUAUUGACCUUGGUUUGUGCAGUGCUAGUCUUCAUAGCCUCUCUGCUAGCCAUUUUCUGGUUGGUGCCUUAUCUCAAAUCCCGAGAAGGUAGAGUUUUCUGCUUCGUCCGUUUUGGCAAAUCUCAAAAAGGUACAGAUGGGCAAGUUGAAGCAGGUCAUAGCAGCAGCAAAUCCCAUGAAGGUACAAACGGGCAAGUUGAAGCAGGUCAUAGCAGCAGCAAAUCCCAUGAAGGUACAGAUGGGCAAGUUGAAGCAGGUCCUAGCACCAACAAAUCCCAUGAAGGUACAGAUGGGAAAGUUGAAGCAGGUCAUAGCAGCGAAAACAAAAAGAAAGAAAAACUUCAAUACUUGAUGCUGCUAGGGAUCCUGGCCGCAAGUAUGACAUACCAGACUGGCCUCAAACCACCGGGUGGCCUAUGGCAGGACAGCAAUGAUGGGCACUAUGCUGGCAACCCCAUUCUCCGUGACAUCAACAAGGAACGGUACAAUGCUUUCUUCUACAGCAACUCCGCUUCCUUCAUGGCCUCAAUUGUGGUUGUCGUCAUGCUCCUUCCACUGACGUUGUUGCCCGAGAAAUACACAAUCAAGUCAUCCGAGGAAGACACAAAGCUGUCCAAGAAAGACACAAAGUCACCCAACGAAGACACCAAGUUGCUCGACAAAGUCAGGAAGUUGCCCAAGGAAGACACGAAAUUGCCCAACGAAGACCCAAAGUUGGCCCAGGAAGACCCGAAGUCGUCCAACAAAGACCUGAAGUCACCCAAUGAAGACAUGAAGCCACCCGAUGGAGACCUGCAGUCGCCCGAAAAAGACACAUGGCCACUCUGGCCGAUGCAUACAGCCAUCUUGCUGGACAUGAUGGGCCUCCUGGUGGCGUACGCAGCAGGCAGUACUAGGAAAUGGGAAACAUCCAGAAACGUCAUGGUCCUCAUCGUCCCUGUGUUGGCCUACAUUGGGCUCUACGCAGCGCUGUCAGUCUUCUGCCAUAGAAAGAAAAAGACCGAAAAAUCUGCGGUGCAGCCGCAGAAUCAUUGCAAGAUGUGCGGGAGGAACUGCAGGUGUGUAAAUUUGUAACCGAGUUAGGCUCGACUGCAAGCAUCCUGUGAACAUUCCAGAUAUUGAGUUGAUUAUUCAUA